AUGUUUCCAGCCCCCCUGCACUGCCUGUGCCUCCUUACACUGUUUUUGACAAUUGCAUAUGCAAGGUUCAGUGGUCCCCUGGAGCCUAUGACCUUUACUGUCUAUGAAGGCCAAGAAUCGAGUCAAGUCAUUUUUCAGUUUAAAGCCGGGCCUUCUGCUGUGGAUUUCAGAGUAACUGGGGAUACAGAUGGAAUAUUUCAGAUACAACCGGACGGACUUCUGUAUUCCAAUAAAACCUUGGACCGGGAGACAAGACCGCUUCAUGUACUCCAGGUCUCAGCCCUGAAUGCCCAGGGAGUUACAGUUGAGGGUCCAGUUACCAUCACCAUAGAAGUGAAGGACAUUAACGACAACAAACCUCAAUUCGUUCCAAAAAAGUAUGAAGUCUCAGUAAGACAGAAUUCUCGUCCAGGAAAACCCUUCCUGUAUGUAAAUGCCACCGAUUUGGAUGAUCCAGCCACGCCCAAUGGCCAGCUUUCUUAUAAAAUUAUGCUCCAGCUUCCCAAGUUUAAUGAUAUCAUGUAUUUUCAGAUCGACAGCAAAACUGGGGGAAUUUCACUUACCCCAGAAGGAUCUAAGGAUUUGGAUCCCACUAAAAAUUCUUUCUACCAGUUGGUAGUUAUUGUGAAGGACAUGGGAGAUCAGGAAGAAAAUUCCUUCAGUGAUGACGCAGAUGUGGAUAUCACAGUGUUGGGCAAUAUUUGGAAGGCACCAGAACCUGUGACGAUCAUAGAGAACUCAACUGAUCCUCACCCCAUGAAAAUCACUCAGGUCCGGUGGAAUGAUCCAGGUGCAGUUUACAGCUUAGUUGAAAAGGAAAAGCUGCCAAGAUUACCAUUUUCAAUUGACCAGAAUGGAGAUAUUUAUGUGACUGAGCCCUUGGACCGAGAAGAAAAAGAUUCCUAUGUUUUUUAUGCAGUUGCAAAGGACGAUCAGGGACUUCAUCUUGCACGACCUCUCGAAGUGAAAGUGAAAGUUGAAGACAUAAAUGAUAAUCCACCUUCUUGUCCCCCGACUAUAACUGUAUUUGAAGUCCAGGAGAAUGAAAAGAUAGGGAGUUCUAUUGGGAAAUUUACUGCCCAAGACAUGGAUGAAGCAAACAGUAUCAACAGUGUUUUAAAAUACAAGAUUGUGGAUCAAACCCCCAAACAUCCCAGAGAAGAUCUCUUCUUGAUCCAGGACUACUCCGGAGUGCUACAGUUAGCGAGACAAUCUUUGAAAAAGCAAGAUUCUCCGCAGUACAAUUUGACAAUAUCAGUUUCUGACAAAGAUUUCACUACAAUCUGUCAUGUGCAAGUCAACGUCAUUGAUAUCAAUGAUCAGAUCCCCAUCUUUGAAAAGGCAGACUAUGGAAACCUGACUCUCCCUGAAGACACGCCCAUUGGAACCACCAUCUUAACCAUCCAGGCCACAGACUCCGAUGAGCCUCUCACUGGGAGUUGGAGGAUCGUGUAUCGAAUUAUAGCGGGAGAUGAUGAGGGCCAGCUGGACGUUGAGACUGAUCUUCUUACCAACGCUGGCUCUGUCAUAGUUAAAAAACCUCUUGAUUUUGAAACAACACCCGUUCACGACAUCGUGUUCAAAGCAGAAAAUCCAGAGCCUCUGGUGUCCGGUGUAGACUACAACGACAGCUCUUUUGCCACGUUCCAGCUUUUUGUGACCAACGUGAACGAAGCACCUCAGUUUUCCCAACAUGUGUUUCAAGCAAGCGUCAGUGAGGAUGUGCCGAUUGGCACUCAAGUGGGCAACGUGACUGCACAGGAUCCAGAGGGUCUGAACAUAAGUUAUUCACUGAGAAAUAACAAGGAUGGAUGGCUUAGGAUUGACCCCUUCACUGGUGAUAUCUUUACUGCAGCUAAGCUGGACAGGGAAGAUCAGGAUCCAUAUCGAGUGCAAGUGGUGGCCACGGAAACAGGUGGCUCUACCUUGAGCACUGCAGUGGAGUUCCACCUGAACAUUCAGGAUGUGAAUGACAAUGGCCCCCGGCUGGUCAAGGAUUACAACGGCUUGUUCUUGUGCCACCCCCUGACGGCCCCCGGAAGUGUCGUCUUUCAGGCCACCGAUGAUGAUGUGCAGCCUUAUCGGGGUUCCCAGUUCACAUUUUCCCUUGGCAGUGACUCGCUUAAGAACAGCUGGGAAGUUACCAAAAUCAAUGGGACAUAUGCCAGUGUUUCCACCAAGCACACGAACUUUGAAGAGGAAGUUUAUAAUAUUUCAAUCCGCAUCAUUGAUAAUGGCAAACCACCUAUGGAAAGUACCGUCUAUUUGCCAAUUACUUUCUGCAAGUGUGAGGCAGGAAGUUGUUACCGGCCAGCAGGUCAGCAGCCCGGAAUGCCCACUGUAGGGAUGGCAGUUGGCAUACUCCUGGUCACCUUUCUGGUUAUUGGUAUAAUUUUAGCAGUUGUGUUUAUCCGAAUAAAGAAGGAUAAAAAUCAAGAAAAUGAAAAUACAGAUGCAUCUGAAAUCAAACCUCUGAGAAGAUGA